CGUGAAACACAGACACCAAUGGUUCCGCUGAGGAAACGGCCUGGCGCUCGCGGCUCCAUGUAGGCCAAAUGAGCUGCUUUAUUUUGGAGCGGGUCAAGCGGAGAUAGCCGUCCUCGGACCUUUACCCGGGAUUAUUCGGGUCUUUCUACCGGCAACCAGAGGCGCGAGCAGGCAGAGGAAUGCUGGCCCAGCUCCUGCGCUCGGAGCCGCUGUCAGCCGCGCAGCUCCGGCGGCUGGAGGAGCACAAAUACUCGGCCAGCGGACGCUCCCUGUUGGAGCCUCCGUUUCAGCUCUACUGGAACUGGCUGGUCCAGCAGAUUCCGACCUGGGUCGCCCCCAACACCCUGACUAUCGUGGGGCUGCUGGUUAACAUCGUGUCUACGCUGGUGCUCGUGUAUUACUGUCCCACGGCAACAGAGGAGGCGCCGUCGUGGGCCUUCAUCCUCAGUGCCCUGGGCCUGUUUGUGUACCAGUCUCUGGAUGCCAUCGACGGGAAGCAGGCCCGCAGGACCAACAGCAGCUCCGCCCUCGGGGAGUUGUUCGACCACGGCUGCGACGCGGUCUCCACAGUCUUCGUCGCCGUGGGAACCUGCAUCUCCUGCGGCAUCGGCCUCUACCCCGACUGGAUGUUCUUCUGCGGCUUCAUCGGGAUGUUCAUGUUCUUCUGCGCCCACUGGCAGACCUACGUCUCCGGGACGCUUCGCUUCGGCCUGGUGGACGUCACUGAGGUGCAGAUCGCCAUCAUCGUCAUGUACUUGAUGUCAGCGUUCGGAGGGGUCGGCCUGUGGCAGUGCACGCUGCCCGUGGUCGGCCUGAAGCUCUACGUCUUCCCCAUCCUGGGCAUCGUCGGGGGGGCGCUCUACUCCUGCCACAACUACUUCUACGUCAUCAUGAACGGAGGCGUCGGCAAGAACGGCUCCACAGUGGCGGACACCAGCGUGCUGAGUCCCGGCCUGCACAUCAGCCUCAUCCUCACUGUGGCCUUCAUCAUCUUCAAGAAGUCGUCCAGCCAGCUGUUCGAGCGCCACCCCUGCCUCUACCUGCUGGCCUUCGGCAUGGUCAUCUCCAAGAUCUCCAACAAGCUGGUGGUGGCCCACAUGACCAAGAGCGAGCUGCACCUGCCGGACACGGCCUUCGUGGGCCCGGGACUCCUGGUCCUCAACCAGUACUUCAACAGCUUCAUGGAGGAGCACCUCGUCCUCUGGGUCGCCAUGGUGCUGUCUCUCCUGGACCUGAGCCGCUACUGCACCGGCGUCUGCCUCCAGAUCGCCUCCCACCUGAGGAUCCGGGUCUUCAGCAUCACGGCGCCGGGCCCCGCCCACCGUGACUGACAGCUUGCCCGGCGGGAGGAGGAAGCGGGGGACGCCGACGUGGCCCCGCUUCUGAAAGCAGACGACAAAGAGGAGGGGCCGACGAGCCCGGACCACUGCAGCCUGGAGGGAGUGACCACCCGGGAGUGAACCACCCACGAGACCAGUCCAAACCAAGAGAAUCCAAAGGUUCCUGAGGCCCACGGCCGCAGGAGCUCGGCUGACGUCACGUCCUGUUGCCAGCCAAAACACCAAAAAUGUCUCCAGAUGGAGGUUUUUGCUGACAUCAAAGAUGCUUCAGUCGAAGACAUGACGAAGAGAAAUAAACUUUGGGGGUGGAGCGCGCCCUAGUGGUCAUGGCCGGUAACUCAUCUUUGAUGUUGUCAAAAACUGCCGUUUUCUUAAAAAAAGAAAAAAAAAUCCUUAUAUUUAUUGGUCGAAUGUGAAUCUGGCGUGAAUCAGGGAAUCCAAUCUAACCAGGUCUAAUCUGAGGUGUGUAACGUGAGGCUCGCAGUUUGUCGCCGCAGGUGGCACCGGCGCCGAGGGGCCCGACCCGGAGAAGCGCCGGCGCCGCCUCUGCUUUCCGUCUUCUUCUCCCUAAAGGGCUAAAAACGCUGCGUGAUUGUACAGAAUUCAAGUCGCCUUAAACCUGUCGUGUGGAGCGUCUGUCCGCGUGUCGCGCUGCUCCCACCAGCUCUUUUCUAGUGGCGUUUCUACCGGCUGAUGUGCCUCGGGCGCAGAACCCAGCGGAGGAACUAUGCAGUUGCACUGUCCAAACUGGAAUCACCUUUUUACUAACCAGUGGAAGUGAUUGUAAUAAAGAAAUUAUUUUUCACUCAGCUGUCCGUUGCCUCUGUGGGUGAAGGUCGGUGCUUGGUGAGGAGGAGGAGCGCCAGGCCCUUCGUCGCUAACUUGCAAGAAGAAUCUGAAAUAAAACUUUAGUUUUUCUUUCCGACAAUUCAUGAUUAUUUCAGCAGCAUUGUUGUCAUGGUUCUUCAAUGAGGAAAGUAAACUAAUGAAGAAAAAAUACAUUGUAAUAAAUAUUUACUCGUGGUGGGACUUAAACGAGUUA